GCCAGCAUGACCGAUGCACUGCUACCCGCGGCCCCCCAGCCACUGGAGAAAGAGAACGAUGACUACUUUCGGAAGGGCUGUAACCCCCUUGCACAAACUGGCCGGAGCAAGCUGCAGAACCAAAGGGCUGCCCUGAACCAGCAGAUCCUGAAGGCUGUGAGGAUGCGGACAGGAGCGGAGAACCUUCUGAAAGUGGCCACAAACCAGAAGGUACGGGAGCAAGUUCGCCUGGAGCUGAGCUUUGUCAACUCAGACCUGCAGAUGCUGAAGGAGGAGCUGGAGGGGCUCAACAUCUCCGUGGGAGUGUACCAGGGCACCGAGGAGGCCUUCACCAUCCCUCUGAUUCCUCUUGGCCUGAAGGAAACCAAAGAAGUUGACUUUUCAGUCGUCCUCAAGGAUUUUAUCUUGGAGCAUUACAGCGAAGACAGCUAUUUGUACGAAGAUGACAUCGCAGACCUUAUGGACCUACGGCAGGCUUGUCGAACACCCAGCAGGGAUGAGGCGGGGGUUGAGCUGCUCAUGUCCUACUUCAUCCAGCUGGGCUUUGUGGAGAGCAGGUUUUUCCCGCCCACCCGCCACAUGGGGCUCUUGUUUACCUGGUAUGACUCCCUCACUGGGGUUCCGGUCAGUCAACAGAACUUGCUACUGGAGAAAGCCAGCAUCCUCUUCAAUAUUGGGGCACUGUACACCCAGAUUGGGACCCGCUGUAACCGGCAGACACUGACCGGGCUGGAGAGCGCAGUGGACGCCUUCCAGAGAGCUGCAGGUGUUUUAAACUACCUGAAAGAGACAUUCACGCACACUCCAAGUUACGACAUGAGCCCCGCCAUGCUCACUGUUCUGGUCAAAAUGAUGCUCGCCCAAGCCCAAGAAAGCGUGUUUGAGAAAGUCUGCCUUCCAGGGAUCCAGAAUGAGUUCUUCAUGCUCGUAAAGGUGGCUCAGGAGGCUGCCAAGGUGGCAGAGGUCUACCGGCAGCUGCAUGCAGCCAUGAGCCAGGAACCAGUGAAAGAGAACAUCCCGUAUUCGUGGGCCAGCGUGGCCUACGUGAAGGCCUACCACUAUGGCGCCCUAGCUCACUACUUUGCCGCCACUCUCCUCAUCGAUCACCAGCUGAAGCCAGGCGUGGACAUGGACCACCAGGAGAAGUGCCUGUCCCAGCUCUACGACCACAUGCCGGAAGGGAUGACGCCUUUGGCCACGCUGAAGAAUGACGGGCAGCGCAUGCAACUAGGUAAAGGACAUUUGCAUCGGGCCAUUGGCUACCACGAGGAGUCGCUGAGGGAGGCCAACCUGUGCAAGAAGCUGCGUGACAUUCAAGUGCUCCGGGAUGUGCUGUCCGCUGCCCACCAGCGCACUCAGCUCAAGUACAACCAGCACCGAGAGGAUGACGAUCUUCUGAACUUGGUUGACGCUCCAGAUGUCCUUUCAAAAACCGAACGAGAGGUUGAAAUAGCCUCCCCCCAGUUCUCCACAGUGAGAGUCACAGACUUCUUCCAGAAGCUGGGCCCCCUGUCUGUGUUUUCGGCCAACAAGCGCUGGACGCCUCCUCGAGGCAUCCACUUCAAGGUGGAGGAAGGGGACUUAGGUUUCACCUUGCGAGGGAACGCCCCAGUCCAGGUGCACUUCCUGGAUCCUCACUGUUCUGCUUCGCUGGCAGGAGCCAAGGAAGGAGAUUAUAUUGUUUCCAUACAAGGCCUGGAUUGCAAGUGGCUGACCAUCAGUGAAGUUAUGAAGUUGUUGAAGAGCUUUGGGGGGGAGGAAGUUGAGAUGAAGAUCGUGAGCCUGCUGGACUCCACAUCGUCCAUGCAUAAGUGUGCCACUUACUCUGUGGGGAUGCAGAAGACGCGCUCCAUGGUCUGCCUGUCCAUGGAUGAUGAUAAGACUGACAAAGCCAAGAAGAUCUCAAAGAAGCUCUCCUUUCUGAGUUGGGGUACCAGCAAGAACAGGCAGAAGUCGGUCAGCACACUCUACCUCCCGGAAGUUGGCCUGGCAAGGCCUCAAGCCAAGAAGAAACUCCCCACGCCCUUCAGCCUGCUCAACACCGACAGCUCGCUGUACUGAAGUGGGGAGAGGCGCACCAUAGUUCACUCCGCGGCAGACGAGGCUGUUUAAACACCUGAGCCACGACGGGAACGUUCCCCAGCCCCAUCUUGUCCGAGUGGGAACUUGCAUUUGAUGGGCUUAUGAGCGUGAGAAGACACCUCUAGAGAUGGGUGGGAAACCCAGCUGCGCGGGGAUUUUCGCACCGAGCUGCGGUUAUUUAUUCUAUAAAGUUGGGCACAGAAGCGCCUGGGUGACGUGGCUCUUCGUGACGGUCAGGGUUAUGAUGUUCAGGCACUGUAAGAAAUGAAUGGGAGCCACCUACCUUGGUAUAUUUUUGAGUGUCGAGAUUUGGAAGGUAAUAGUGAUUUCUUAACCUCAAGUUCAAAUGACCCUUAAACGGGGGCAGGUUAGGGGUGAUUACUGAAGCUAGGCUGCUUGGCAGAUCUCUGUGAGUUCAAGGUCUGGUCUACGUGGUGAGUUCCAGGACUACCAGGGCUACAUAGAGUCCCUGUCUCAAACAAACAAAACAGGCUGCUUUAACUCCUUGGGAAUGCAUGAGCUGAAAAUGGCAACAUUUUAUGUCAUUCCUCCACGAUUUGAAUGUUAUUUCCCAGCUAGAGCUAGAGUCCAGUGCCUUUUUUUUUUUUUUUUGGCCUUGGCUUUUUCCAGUCCAGGAUCAGCUUUCCCUCCAGCCGGAUCCAGCUGACCAGUUGCUAACACAGCGGUGGUGCUGGGAGAUACUGUCUACAGGGUAGAUAAUAUGUUGUUUGAUACUCAAAACAUUUCUCUUUUCAUUUGAAGUAGGAGGUAUGUAGCUGUCUUUGAAGAGUCUUGGGUUAAGAAGUAGCUCUGCAGUUUACAAGGUUGAAGACGUAAGCUUUCUCAAGCCGAAACCUCGGCCUGACUUUUUAAGCUGUAUCUACCUACUAACUUGACUUUGGGGCUAUAGGUUGGAUGACCCUGUGACUCUUUUCCGUAGUCAUGGUCGACAUAGUUUAAGUGAUAUGCUUAAAGACGUAGCCUGUGCAUCUUAAUUGGAGAAGUCACAAGGAUUUAAUUAUUUUUCUAUUGUGCAAUAUCUUAAGAAAGCAAAUGCCUUUAGGAAAGUGUCUCCACUGUCCCCAGGGCUGUUUGUAUACAUAUUUAAAUAAAUAGUCGCGUUCAUUGUUUAAUAUUUUUCUUUGCU